GGAUGCUUGGGGAAGCUCCGGAAGGCUACAGUGAACAUCAGUCUGGCCUCCUCCACUGGGGACAGACAUCUGGAGGUGGGGGGAAAAGGGAUCCCCAUCCCAUUGUGUGCUUUCUGAGGGCACAGAGAAGAUUUUCUGGACAAGGACACUGACAGGGCCUGGGGUGCUGGUCCCAAUCUGCCAUGAACUCACACCCUGUCUGGAGUUGCUGAGAGAGGCCAGGAAUCCCUUUCCCAGCUUCCCAGCUUCUGCUUGCACAUAACAGAGAGGGCAAAAUGGCCUCAGAGGAAGACCUGGAAGGAAGUGGCACCUCCUUCCCUGCUAGCAGCACCAGCCAGGUGUCCCGGGCUGCACAUCCAGGUGCUUCAGAGAACCUGAGGUGCCCAAUCUGCCGGGCUCCCAUGAAUGACCGAGCCUCCGUGAGCUGGCGUCGGCACCCCUUCUGUUUUUACUGCACAGUGGAGUGGUUCCACAGAAGAGUGGACGGCCUGAUACACCAGUCACUCUUCCAACAUGCAUUCCACACAGUGGGAGACAGUAACUCUGAGGUGCAGCCCACUGGGGAGUCCACCAGCUCUGCCAGCCAUACACCAGGAGUGCGAGCUGGGUCCCGCUCUGCAGAAAGACAUCAGCAUCAUUCCUCAGGACGCCAGCACCGCAAGUCUUCCAGCAGAAGCCGUGGUGGCAGCCGUGGUGGCAGCUGUAGGGGCAGGGCCCGAGAGAAAAGCCGCAGCAGGUGUCCAAGGAGGCAUCACGGUGGCCGCGCCAGGCACUCAAGCAGCAGGAGACGGCAGAGCAGGGCUCGUGACAAGGGCCGAGCUCCAAGGACCCUCCCAAGGAGGCGCAAGCGCCGUCAGCAAGAAUUCCAGGUCUCCUUCAUAGAACCGAGGGCAGUGAGGAGCCGAUCCCGGCAGAGGUCACGCAGCUCUAGCAGCCGAACACUGAGGGAGUAUCUAAGGAAGAUGGAACGCGAUGAGGGACGAGCUCUAAGGCAGGACUGCUACAUGCGUGCCUCUUCAGCGAGGAGCAGGCGCCAGCAGCAGCAGCAACGGGUUUCUUACAGAGAACCGCAGGUGGCAAGGAGCCGAACCCCAAGGAGGCUCCGCAGCACAAUGCCCCUGAAGGAGAAUCCAGUGAGGAUGGAACACUAUGAACGACAGCCUUCAAGCACUGAACAUGCCUCACCAAGGGGGAGUGAGCACCUUCAGCAAGGAAGCCAAGUUCCUUUCAUCAAACCACAGGUGACGAGCCAACCCCAGGGGAUGGCCUGCAGCACACUGCACCAAGCACAGCAGGAGGAUCAAAGGAGGAUGGAACAUGACGAGGGACAAGCUCCAACACCCGAAGGGGACACCCCAAGCUCCUCGGAGUGGAGCGAGCGCCACCAGCAGGGGAGCCGGAUUUCCUUCACUGAACCAUAGGUGGCAAGGAACUAAUCCCCAUGGAAGUCCUGCAGCCAUGCUGGGCACAAACCUGGUAGUGCACCCAACCAACAAGGGAAGUACUGUAUGGCCUGUUACCAGUCAGGAACGAUACUGCUUCAGACAAAAACAGCCCCUACAACAAUUGCAAAAAUAAAGUCAUAUCCAAUGCUCAAGCCUGGGGCCAAGGAUCUAUUUUCCAUGACAAAAUGCAUCUGAAAAUCUAAAGACAUCCUUGCAAGGCCUUUACAGGUUAGGAGAAUAACAGGCAUGAAACUUC